UUUCUGAUCGUGGACAGAAAACGAUAGGUCGAUAGGUCGAUAGGUCCACUAGGUAAACUAUAUGUUUGUUUUUAGUAAAUAAACUAAUUGCGCCAAUUAAAGCCAUGUCGUCCUCCAUCGAAGGUGGGGACCCAUCUACCGAUACUACCAUGCACGUGGACGACAACAUGCCUUCCCAGGAGUGCGUGUAUUGCAAUUUUUGUGGAAAUGUGUACGAGAACGAAGAGGCAUACGAGGAGGACCAUCGUAGUGGCUCCUGCCUCAGCGGCAUAGGCAGGGAUGAAUUCCAAACUGAGGAGACUAAUUUGGUUGAGGAAGAGGAAAUAGUGGAAGCAGAUGUGCCGCUUUGGGACGUGAUAGAUGACCCACAGCAGGUCGAUGCAGAGUCGGAACGUUACUUUUGCUUUGAUUGCCACAUCAUAUACGAGAGCCACAGCAGUGCCGAAAAUCAUGUGUGCCCACCAGAAGGGGCGGGCAAUGUAGCCAGCCAAAAUGCGAGCAUGCCCAGGCAGCCCACCCGACGCAAAGUUGCAAGAGCUACUGCCGACGGAGAUUGCCCAAAAUUUAAUUGCCAAAUUUGUAAUACCGUUUUCAACACGCAAAAGAGUCUCAAGUUCCAUAUGCGCAUACACGACGAGCCCAAGCUCAAGCGAAUUCAGGAUGCCCUUCCUGUGGGCGCCCAUCAGGAAUAUAGCGGACUGGAUUUGUUUUUCUGCGAGAUCUGUCAAAGAGAAUUUGAUUACGGCCUCAAGACGAUUCACCAGAAGAUGCAUACUGAAGCCCCGAGCAAGUUAGUGUGCGGCACUUGCAAUCGCCAGUUCAAAAACUCCACCAACUACCGGAUGCAUUUGAAGAUGCAUGAGAAGAAACAAGCGGAGCCUUCUACUUCAUUGUCGAAAAAAGAUCCCGUCGACAAAAGUAGACCGGAAUUUCCAUGCCAAUACUGCGGCAAGGUAUUCUAUCGCCCAUUCGAAAAGGUGAAACACGAACGUGUUCACACAGGAGAGAAGCCCUACGCCUGCGAGGCGUGUGGCAAAAGGUUUCGUGUCUCAUACUCCCUCACCCUGCAUUUGCGCUCCCACACAGACAUUCGUCCCUACGUGUGCAUUGUCUGCAACAAGCGCUUUAAAUUGCAGUCAAAUUACGUACAUCACCUCCACAUCCAUGACGCGGAGCGCCAGUUUUCCUGUGAGAUGUGCUCAAAGUCCUUCAGCACAUCGGUGCAGCUGAACGCUCAUAAGAAUUCGCACACCAAGCCUUUCGAGUGUGAGGUUUGCAACCGUCCCUUUUCCUCGCUAUACGCAGUCAACAAUCACAUGAAAACCCACAAGAAUGAUCCAGCCAGCAAAAGUACCCUGGUGCUUGUUUCGUCUGAAAAUAAAGACCCUGUCAAGGUGCUUGCUGGUGGAAAAUUCUCGUGUAGUGAAUGCGGGGCGGAGUACUCGCGUAUUUAUGCGCUGCGCCAGCACUUAAAAUCAGCCCACGGCAAGGUAGAGGGUGCUCAUGCACAGAAGAAUGAGCCACCGUCCAUUAAGGAGCCUCAUGUGGCCGAGGCGAACGACUCUGAGGCAGCCAUACGCAAAGCAGCAGCAGAGGCGGAUGCUGCUUACAGGAAUGCUGUGGUAAACGAUGUGGACGUCAGUGGUAGCGUGCCCACCUACCAGGAGGCUGUUGAAUUCGAUGUGGAUAACUUCGACAGCGAGGAAAUCAUCAGUGAUUGGCUGAAAUAGGAGCACAUAGGUUUACUCUAUGUAUAUGUAUUUUCCUAUUGAAUAAACUUUAAAAUAUUCAUUUA